AUGUCGGAAAAGGAGAGAGUCAGCGGCGAGCAGGAGAGACAGCAAGACACCGUCCUUCCCAUCGUGGAACCAGAAAAGGCACAACCGCCCAAAGCCGGCCUCCACCCCGCCGUCUACAUUGCCACCUGGAUCACCCUCUCCAGCUCAGUCAUCAUCUUCAACAAAUGGAUCCUCGACACGGCCAAAUUCCACUACCCCAUCUCCCUCACCACCUGGCACCUCGGUUUCGCCACCAUCAUGACCCAGCUCAUGGCCCGCUUCACCACCAUCCUGGACUCGCGCAAAAAGGCGCCCAUGACGGGCCGCAUCUACCUGCACAAGAUCAUGCCCAUCGGCGUCAUGUUCAGUUUGAGUUUGAUCUGCGGCAAUCUGACCUAUUUGUAUUUGUCUGUGAGCUUCAUUCAGAUGCUAAAGGCCACUACCCCCAUCGCCGUCCUCCUCACCACCUGGACCCUCCGCGUCCAAGAACCCUCCCUCAAAACUCUGGGCAACGUGUCCCUCAUCGUCGUCGGCGUCGUCAUCGCCUCCUUUGGCGAAAUCCAAUUCGUCCUCAUCGGCUUCAUGUUCCAGCUCGGCGGCAUCGUCUUCGAGGCCAUUCGCCUCGUCAUGGUGCAGCAGCUUCUUUCCGGCGCGGAGUUCAAGAUGGAUCCUCUUGUUUCGCUGUACUAUUUCGCUCCGGCUUGCGCGGUGAUGAAUGGAUUGACUGCGUUGUUUUUCGAGAUUCCCAAGAUGAGUUUGGCGGAUUUGGAGAGGGUGGGGUAUAUUACCCUGCUUAUGAAUGCCGUCGUGGCGUUCCUUUUGAACGUCUCGGUCGUCUUCCUCAUCGGCAAAACCUCCUCCCUCGUCAUGACCCUCUCCGGCGUCCUCAAAGACAUCCUCUUGGUAGCAGCCAGCAUGCUCAUCUUCCGCGACCCCGUGUCUCCCCUCCAAGGCUUCGGCUACAGCAUCGCCCUCUGCGGCCUCGUGUACUACAAACUCGGCGGCGACAAGAUGAAGGAGCACUUGGGAUCCGGCCAGCGGGCGUGGGCGGACUACGGCGUCCGGCAUCCGGCGCUGAGGAGGGUGUUGGUUUUCGGGUUGGUGUGUGCGACGGUUUUUGUGCUGUUGGGUGGGAUUUCCGUUAGUGGGGUUGUGCCGGGGACGUAUGAUCCUACUAAGUUUGCUAAGAGUAAGUGGGAUGAGAUUUCGGGGAAGACGGGGGGUGCUUGA